AUGAAUAAACAUGGACUAUCAUUUAAAGAAAAAGUAAAAGAAGGACAUGAUAGAUUAUCAAGUAGAUGUUGGGUAAUAAGAUUUGUUCUUGUUGUUAUCUUUAUUAUUGUCUUAUUUACCCAUGGUUCCAAAAAUAAAAUAAAACAUCCCAAUGUUGUUAAAACUUAA